UGCUAUUACACCGAACGGACAGCUUUUAUCUGUAGCUACAUGUUUUGCGCAGUGUCUUUGUUAACGAUGACUGCAAUAAGCGUGGACCGACUUCUCGCCCUGUUGUUAGGGCUCAAAUACCGACAAGUUGUAACUCUUAAGAGAACAUGUGCUUUUGUAAUUUUAUUUUGGGGUUAUUCAAUCGUCGGCAUAUCAAUCUACUCUUCGAAUCUUCUAAUACAAAAAUGGUACACCUACACAACUUUAUUUGUGUGUUUCAUCACCGUAACUGUUUGUUACACCUUAAUCUUUUUCACUCUUCGACAUAACCAAAUUCACAUACAUGGCCAUACUUUACAAGAACAACCAAGCCAAGCAACUCCGCUGAACAUAGCGCGAUACAAAAAGGCAGUGUCCAGUGCACUGUGGGUGACAGCCACAUUAACUGUUUGUUAUUUCCCUUAUGCUACAGUUGUAGUUUUGACGCCUUCAAAAGGGAUGUCCACUGCAAUUUACCGUGCGAGGCAAUUCACCAUUACUUUUGUUUACUUUAACUCGACCUUAAACCCGUUGCUGUACUGCUGGAGAAUGAAAGAAGUAAGGAAAGCUGUCAAAGACACGUUAAAGCACUUGUGCUGUUCGUCGGCCUAAUUAAAAUACAGUGGAACUCGGUUAAUACGCACACUAAGGGGACAUGCCAUAGUCUCCGUUUCUUCCUGUGUUCGUAAGGUGAGAUUGACCAUAUCGGAGAGUUAAAUAAUACUGACUUGGGGCAUAGAAAAGUGCCUGUGUUUUUGCGUAUUAACCGUUGUCCUCAUUACGCGGGUUAAUUUUAGAUAAAAUACAGUCAAUCCCUGCUUUACGGACACCGCUUAAUACGGACACCUCAGUCGUUAUUAAGGACGGUUUUCCUUGUCCCUAGCCCUUACAUUUUCUCUAAAUACAACACGCUUGAUACGAACCCUCUGUUAAUACGGACACUCUCUAUGGCCCCCUCAGUGUCCGUAUUAACAGGGAUUGGCUGUAUAUGAGCUGUUCGUCGGGAAAAAUUAAGCGGAUGUCCGUAAAGCGGAGUUCCACUGUACUCAUCCGUAGCAGCCUCUCUUGGAGCAGGCAACCAGGGACUGAACCUAAGUUACUGAAUAUUAUAAAAGUGGUAUGGUGAUAAAUUUGAAGACAACAAACAAGUUAGACAGAAGUAUUUGCCGGAAAUCGCUGGAGCUUGGUAAACAACAAAGCAAACUAUGACAGUACUCACAGUAUGAUAAGUCAAAGCCAGCACUUGUCAACUAUGAUGAUGAUGAUGAAGCUGAUGAUGAUGAUGAUGAUGAUGAUGCAUGAUUCACUUAAUAACCCUUCCGACGCCUGUACCGUGUCUUUGCGAUAACUAUUGCUAUAACUUGGUAUGUAUAUAUUGCGGAGCAUGUAGAUGUCUGUGGUGAACGAAAAAGGGGAUGUUUGUUAGUUUUGUCAUCGGCUAUAUUUUGAGUUCCAUAUCAUUAGAAACAUUGACUGACUACUCACCCUGCUGCAGAGCUGAGAUAUCAGUAAAUUGUUGUAACUGUUAAGAAAACAUAAUGCCAUCUUAGCCUUUAUUUGGGGUUUUUCCAUUGAUUGCACAGUAAUUUAAGGUACUUUUGAAAUCCUCUCAGACAGUUACAGACAUUGACGCACAUUCGUUUGGUUACUGUUGCCUUACUAAAAUUAUGGACUUUAUUAAAGGGCUACGGAAGCUUCUUGUGAGGUGACUGGAAGAAAUUUUUCCCUGCCACGCGUCAAUACCUUAGGCCUGGUUCAGACGCCGUACUUUUCAUGUGCCGAACAUAACUGAAUAAGUUCGACUUUGGAGCGACACUGGCGCGACAUCUGAUUCAGACGGCGUACCGUGUGUCGAACCCAAGUUAAGUUCGACAAAAGUUCGACAGACUCUGUCGAACUUAACGCUUUUGCCGCACCAAACUAAAACUGCCGUACCAAAUUGAUUCAGACGCCGCUCUUUUGCCGUACUUUAUUCAUCGGGUUAGGUUCGGCACGUGAGUGGCGCGGCGUCUGAACCGGGCCUUACUAUUUCAUAUGACGAACCAGCUUUCCAUAAGCAGAUUAUUUUUUGUUAUUGUUACACUGCAAAUCAACGUCCUUUUUUAAAAUGCUUUUCUUGUUCUGGGUUUAAAGUAACAAAAAAAGAAAGCAAAAGGCUUUCAGUAUAGGCUAGUAUUUCUUUGACCAAGUGUAUUGCAGCUGUCAAAUUUUAAUGAAACUAUUUACUCAGACAAACAAAGUUAAUGUGAAUGAAAGAGAAAUCAUCGCACCUCAGAAAAGGAUAAGGUCCCUUUUUUCUAGUUUUCUUUUUUGUUUUUGUUUUCGAGUUUGUCUGUUUAUGUUGGUUUUUUUCUUCGUUUUGGAGUCAUUGAUAGAAGUAAUUUAAUUCUAGCGCACUGUCAAUCCAUAUCAAUAAACUCAAUAACAAUGAAAGCUAAAUUUCCAGAAGCUUUUAUGCAAAUCUUUGUUAGAAUAAGCUGAUACGACAAAAUAUAAUUGAUUCCAAAUUCAAUUUUCAGUGUUGUUGAAACAAGUUGACGUUUUGCUUGCCAGCCAGCUUGCUUUUACUGCAAGCAUAAUUUAGCAAUUAAAAGAAACUCAAUCGCUUUUAACUUUAUUACCUCGCCUCUUUAUUUUAUGAAAUUUCACUGCAAAUUUCGCUUUCUUGCCCCUAUUUGGCGGCUUUUUUGGCCACCCUUCCUCGAGCGACGCAAAUUUCUUAAUCUGUUCCAGGCUCCAAGAUAGUGGAGAUCGAAAAAAAAGUGCGAAAAACUGCGUGAGGACUGGGGGAGAGAGAAGGUGAGUCUCCUUUUCACCCUUCCCGCCUUUUUUCGCUCGCUCGCUCGCGUUUUUCGCUCGUCUAAACUGACUGAGAGCCUGGCACAGGUUACGAAGCUUUGCGAUUCACGCAUUUCUUAUAUAUCAAUUAUUAUGAUAGAAACUAGAACCUACAGAGACGGAAGAUGGUGAUACAAAUUUAACUGUUUUGAACACGACACUAAAAACAGAGGAAAAUUGAGAGGAUAUUACAACGCAAAUUGGUUUUACGACAAGACAGGAUGUUGGAAACUUCUUUUUAUUAAGAAUUAAUUUGCAGCUGUUAAUUAACCUUAUGAUACAAAAUCUACCACGAUGGAGGCAGUCGAACCUUUGCAGAAGGAGGGAAUUUGCAUUUUUAAUAAUGCAUCAACUCGUAGCCCCCCUGCCGUGUUUUUUUUUCACAGAACAGCUUUCUUUCCAACUGUACCUACAGCCCCAUUAACAAACUGAACGCUGUGCUUACUCGCAAAGACAAUGACAUCAACAAAUCUAACUGAAGGUGAAAAACUAAAACCAGCCACGAAACGUUUCUGCUCGACAGAAUUAAACCGGAACCUACAUGAAGAGCUUAUCUUUGCUUCAGCGAUGCAAAGUUUUUUGUCAGUAACUGCAUUUCUGGGGAACACUCUGAUCCUAGUUGCCCUACACAAGGAAACUUCACUUCAUCCGCCGUCCAAACUCCUGUAUCGUAACCUGGCGAUAACUGAUCUCUGUGUUGGUAUCAUUGCAGAACCUCUGAGUAUCGCAUAUUAUAUAUCUGUGUUGAAUGAAAGAGGGGACAUUUGUGUUUACACGUAUCAAAUAAGUUUUAUCGCCAGCAAUAUCUUUUGCUCUGUGUCUUUGCUAACACUGACUGCCAUAAGUGUGGACAGACUUCUCGCCCUGAUGUUGGGACUCAGAUAUAGACAAGUUGUAACUCUUCAGAGAAUAUUGGCUUUUUUGAUUGGUUUUUGGAUUUAUUCAGGUGGGACAACAUUAAGUUCCUUUGGAAAUCCUCUUAUACAUGUUCAGAAGCUGCUAUGGUUCACCUGCGUAACUUUAUUCUUGUGUCUAGUCACCUUAAUAUUAUCAUACACAAAAAUUUUCUUCACUCUCCGUCAUAACCAGGUUCAAGUACAGGAUCAUCUUUCUCAAGGACAACCCACCCAAAUAAUGAAUAUGGCUCGAUACAAAAGAGCAGUGUCCAGUGCGUUGUGGGUAACUACAACAGCGGUUGUUUGUUAUCUGCCGUAUGGUGUAGCAGAAACUGUUAUACUUCAAGAAGAGAUGACUUUAUCGAUUCACCUUACAGAGCAUUUUGUGAUAACCUUAGUUUACUUGAACUCAUCUUUAAACCCGUUGCUUUACUGCUGGAAGAUUAGAGAAGUAAGGCAAGCUGUGAAAGAUACAUUAAGGCAUCUCUGCUGUUCACCGAACAGAUGGACAUAACCUUUCUAAAUAUCGUAGGUAAUUUCUGCUUUGUUGUAAGACAGCCUUUACUGAAAAAUAAAAUAAAUAUUUUAUUUUUGAUAGGAUGUCAAAGAACACAAACGUGCUUUGAAGAGAAAGUCGAAUAGAUUUGUGAGUAGCAAGUUGUACCAAUUAAUCAACCAGGCGUCAGGGUCCUUCGAAUCACGUUAAUCGCUUUUGUUUUAAGGUAUGAUAGUUUGCGAGAGUUAUCAUUCAUGCAUUCAGUGGAGGUAGUAUUUAAAAGUCAUGCAGGUAUAAAUUUUUUUUUUUACAAACAGAGCAACGUGAUUACACCAAAAAGAAAUAUGUUUAGCUGGAGGUUCGUUUUUUUAUUGCUUUGGAUUAUUUAUUGUUUUGUUGUUGUUGAUGUUGUUUUGGUUUUUGUUGUUGUUUUUUACAUCACCAGAACGGGUGAGCAACGCUGUUUUGUGCUUUAUGUCAUGUUACUAUAAUUUGUUCGGUAAAUUUAUGUGAAACUUUUGUCAGUUCAUUUAUCACAUCUUAAAUUGAGCUGGUCAUGAGGCGAGAAGAACAGUGACAAUCGUGGAACAAUCCGCGUUACGUUCUGGACGCCCCUGCAGGGACACACAAGAAACCGAAGAAGACCAAGGACGAGAUGGAGGGACGACUUAGACAGAGUCAUUAAAACGCUGCCACUGUGUUGCAAAAAACGUUGAGGUCAAUGGCGAAGGCUACUUGCAACGGCGGACUACAGUGGCAGAAACUGACAACUAACAAACUUACUUCUCAUUAGAUUUUUGUAUUUUGUUCGUGAAGGAUUGCUAUUUUAAUACCUCACUAGCACGCGUAACGUACAGGCUUUUUAUAAGCAAACUUUAAUUUCUUGUUGUUGUUGUUGUUAUUGUUUCACGUCAAAUUUUUAAAAGGUUUUAUUCAGUGUUUUUAGGUUAAAGACGUUAAGGGAUAAAAUAGUAGUGCAUUGAAACGUUUACAGUAUAGGUUAGAAUCACUUUCACAAAAUGCCAAGCAGCUGCCAAAUUGUAUUAAAAACAAUAUUUACUCAGAUUGACUCCCGGGUUUCAGCCCAAACAAAGUUAAUGGAAAUGAAAAAGAAACCAUCGCAUCUCGUUACUGGGGCAAACUCCUUUUUCUCUUCGAGUUCGGUGUUUUUUGUUUUUGUUUCCGUGCUUGCUCUUUAAGGGUUGUUUUUUAUUUUAGCCUUUUAAUAAAGCCCUUAAAUGCUGGCGCAAUGUCAAUCCUAAGUAAAUAACAAUAAAAGCUAAUUUUCCAGAAUAUUUUCAUAUUGCAAAUCGUUGUCAGGAAAAAAAAUUGAUUCUAGUCCAAUCGUGAUUUGUUUAGCCAACGAAACUCAAGUGCUUUUAACUUUGUUACCUCUCCAAAUUUCAGGAAAUUACGCUACAAAUGUCACUUUUCACUCUUAUUUGGGAUAAACUCAACAAACCCUCAGCUUAUCAAAACGCAAGAGUUAUCAUAUAUUAAUAAUUAAAAUAGAAAAGGACAUUUUUACAGAGACGGAAGAUGGCAGUGCAAAUUAAAAUUUGUUGAAGUUGAAAACAACACUGAAAUAAGAAAAGGAGGGAGACUAUUUUAAAACGGACGUCUACGAAUCGGUUUUAUGAUAAGACAGGAUGCUGAAAUAAACGUUCUUCUAAUUAUGCUAACUAAGAAGUGAUUUGCACCUGGUUAACGAUAUGAUACAAAAUCCUUUAGUUGGAAGCAAUUGGAUCCUUGCAGAAAGAAGGGAUUUGCAUUUUUAAUAAUGCAGUUGCCUCGUAGCCCAACGGCGGUGUUUGCUUCAACAGAAUAGCUCAGUGUUUUUUUGCCAUCUGUUUGAGGUCUUUCAACAAGCGAACGUGAUGUUUACUCGCGAAGACAUGGCAUCAACAAAUCUAACUGAAGCUGAAAAAUUAAAACCGGUCAUAGAAAGUUUUUGCGCGAGGAAUGUGAAAUGGUACCAAAAGGAGGAGGUUAUCUUUCUUUCGGCAGUCAAUGUUUUGGUGUCAGUAACUGCAUUUCUAGGGAACACGCUGAUCCUAGUUGCUUUACACAAGGAAGCUUCACUUCAUCCGCCGUCCAAACUCCUGUAUCGUAACCUAGCGAUAACUGAUCUCUGUGUUGGUAUCAUUGCGGAGCCUUUAAAUGUCGCAUAUUCCAUGUCUGUGUUGAACGACAUUUGUGUUUACAUGCAACAGAUAAGUUUUAUCACUAGCGGUAUUUUUUGUUCAAUAUCUUUACUAACAAUGACUGCAAUAAGCGUGGACAGACUUCUCGCCCUGUUGUUGGGGCUAAGAUAUAGACACGUUGUAACUUUCAGGAGAACAUUAGCUUUUUUAAUUGCUUUUUGGGUUUAUUCAUUAGUCGGCACGUUAAGUUUCUUUGGAAAUCCUCUUAUACAUACAGUGUUCGUCUACGUAACUUUAACGUUAUGUCUAUUCACCUUAAUUUUCUCCUACACAAAAAUUUUCUUCACUCUCCGUCAUAACCAAGUUCAAGUCCAAGAUCAUCUUUCUCAAGGCCAACUGAACCAAAUAAUGAACAUGACUCGAUACAAAAGAGCAGUGUCCAAUGCAUUGUGGGUUACUGUAACAUCAGUGGUUUGUUAUCUGCCGUUUGUAAUAAUGGAAGCUGUUACACAUGAAACAGAUGUGACCUUAUCGAUUUCCUUUAGCAGGCAGUUUGUAGUAACCUUAGUUUUCCUAAACUCAUCAUUAAACCCGUUGCUAUACUGUUGGAAGAUCAGAGAAGUGAGGCAAGCUGUUAAAGACUCAGUAGGGCAACUUUGCUGUUCACCGAACUAAUAAUUACUUAACAGGUAGUGCCCUUUUUAAAUGCCGUUGGUGUUUUCUGCUUUGCUUUAAGACAACUUUCACUUAAAAAUCAGGAAAUAUGUUUUUAGAGCUGCACCAAAAUAUAAUUUUUAUAUUCUGAAAGUUUGAUAUAACAAACGAGGGUUUGUUGGAAAAGUCUGAAAAAAAUAAGUAGUCAGAAUUAAGUUAAGAAUUAAGGUUUGUCAACUACAUUUAAGGUUUACAGUACUGAUAUCAUCUUUACUGGCUUCUUUCAGGGUUUUCUCAGCUAAUAUUCUUUAGUUAUAUAAAUAAAGGGCCAUUCCUGUGGCCAAACUCAUCCCAUAAUCAGUAUUUUGAUUUGUAUCCCUCUCAGCGCUUCUAGACCUGACUGAUGAUGUGAAGCAGAAAUACACGAUGGAAGCUCUCUUAAUGGACACUCUUGUAGGUGGAUAGCUCUACUUACGGCCGUAGUCACAAAACACCGUUUCAAUUUCCAUAAAAACUCUGUGUUUUUACAUUCCCGUUAGUGGACAAUUCCCCGUAGCCAGGCGAGCCGGUGACAUUUUACCCACCAUGCCGCAGUUCAAACAAUGGAUAACAAUGUACACCGAGUAAAUCACCGCUCUCCAGCGAAUUCGUGUUAGGAAAACCAAUUGUGUUAUCCGCUGUAUCAUGAGAGAUUUAUCCAGUGGAUAGCGUUAUGAGAGAGCUUAAGCAGCGGACUUUCUUGAGGUCGCGGACGUCAGAAAGGUAGCGCCCGGUCUGGAUCGAGUACACGAGUACGGCGUUUGUGGCGCGAAAAGCGAACAUUAAGCAACGAGUUUUGUAUAACGCGAGUCACCGCGACACGUCUUGUCUGUGAUGAAAAUGUCUUCACUCAUAGCAUUUCGAGCUUCAGGAAGAUCAUUGUCGCUGAAGUGGCCUCGUGCAUUUUCUUUGUCCCAUUCUGAUAUGAAUAUUUCAUCUUUCACAUUUAUUCGCCGAGCGUGCAAUGCCGUCUUGUACUCUUUGAUUGUGUAGAGACAAAUCAAACGAACAAAAAUUACCAUACCUGAUAGGCUUAGCGAAGUUUUGAAGUUUCAUUAAUCACAAAUGAGAUUUAGUUUGCUAUUCAUUUUCAAUGUUGAUUGUGCCAAAUAUCACACGCUUGUGGCUUAAAAUCGUUUUCAGGUUACAUCAUGUAAUCAACCUGAUGCACGAAUUACGUAGUCAUAUCAUUUUUAAUUCAAUAUUUUUUCAUUAAAAAGAAAAUAGCAAUUCAUGCUGUCGAAAAUAUCGGCCCUUAAAGUUACAAGAAGAUGAAGCCCUCUUAAAUAAGAUGUGUGUUCACAUAAUGAUGAUUCGCAUGGACGAGAUCGACUAAAUUAAUCGUACGCAAAUCCCGUAAAUCUUGCCAUGUUCAAGUUCUGCACACAGCUGGAGCUAACUGGGUCAACCUGUCGAGUCCAGAAAUAGAGUUAGAGACUGUUAACCUGAUGUUUACAUCUCUGACAACGCUGAAUGAAUGUCGGAAGGGUUUUUCCUUGGUUUUAAGCCAACAAUUUAACCACUCACGGACGUAAACACAUGCGCAGUACAUUCACACUGGCGCGAGUGACUUCAGGUCGGCGUUCGUGAGCUCAAGAACGUUUGCUGCUCUUUAUUCUCCUUUUGAACAACCAGGGCCAGCUGUCAAUCUUUAAUGGUUUAACGUCGUUCAGAAUAUAGAAACAAUAUGAUUAGAAGUAUUUCUCGCACACCAAACUGACAUAUUUACUUACAUUAUGAAACGCUUGAUUUUGCCUUUUAAAGAUCCCUUUCCAGGUGGUUGGUCACGUAGUAUUAUGCUGACUAAGACCGUGAAACAGAAAAGAGAUUAAUAUCGAAUACAGCAAACUCUUGAAAAACUAGCAACGUAGGAUUGCACACUCGAAACUCGAAUUUAAAAAAAAAUAUGGUGUUAAAUAAUUUUACUGGAGGAGUAAGCCAGAAAUUAACAACUGAACUUUAUUGCAAUGGAGAGUUCACUGGAAAAGUACACAGCGAGUUGAUUUUUCUUUCAGUAUUAAAUAUUUUUCUGUCCAUUACCGCGUUUCUGGGAAACAUUCUGAUCCUAGUUGCUCUGCCUAAGGUGUCUUCGCUUCAUCUUCCUUCCAAAGUUUUGUUUUGUAGCUUGGCGACAACUGAUAUCUGUGUUGGUAUCAUUGUAGAGCCUACGACCGUUGUCCAUUGGAUGUCUGUGGUGAAGCAAAGAUGGAAUAUUUGCUAUUACGCGACUGAGGCAAAUUUUAUCAUUAGCAACACUUUAUGCUCAGUGUCUUUGGCAAUAUCAACUGCAAUAAGCGUGGACAGACUUCUGGCGUUGUCACUGGGGCUCAGAUACAGAAAUUUUGUAACACUGAAGAGAACACUUAUAACUGUAAUCUCUUUGUGGGUUUUGUCCAUUUUGAUCACGGCAGGCUAUUAUUGGGAUCCUCGCAUGAAGUUAUGGUGUCAGUUCCUAGGCAUAUCUGUGUGUCUAAUCACCUCAGUUUCCGCUUAUACAAAAAUUUUCCUUACUCUGCGGCGUAAACAGAUUAAAGCUAAGAAUCAGAUGUCUCAAACACAACCGAGCCAAGCAAUUCCACUGAACAUUGCUCGACACAGAAAGGCAGUGUACAGUGCAAUGUGGGUGCAGGUAACAUUGGUUGUUUGUUAUCUGCCGUUUGCUUUAGUGGUAGCGUUA